AUGCACCGCCAGCGUCCUUCUAGUGGAUCAGGCUUCGACGGCCCCGGCGCGCGUACCAUCCUCGGCGAACCAGGUCCGUCGUCUGCUGCCGCCCAGUCGUCGCAGUCCCCCGGCAUGUCUGACCCGCCUUCCCCGGCAGGCAGACAUGGCCGCGGAGGUCACCUCGCACACGACAGCAGAGGCGGACACUACCCUCCUCCUCACGGCGGCUACUCUCACCGACCACCCUCGUCCCACCACUCUCAUCCCUAUGCGUCUGCGGACCGGGCUGGCCCCCCUUCGUUGGCCAGUGCACCGAUCGCGCCUCCCGUAAUCAAGCGCGUCGGCGGCAAAGCCAAUGUCUCGAGCGCCUGUGGACCGUGCAAGCGUGCACACCUGGCUUGUGACGUUGCCCGUCCCUGCAAGCGCUGCGUGAACAUGGGCAAGGAGGACCAGUGCGAAGAUGUUCCACACAAGAAGCGCGGACGACCCAAAGUCAACAAGCCGCCCACGUCCGAGCCAUACCCUACACGCCCGUCGCGACCUUCAGAUGAUGGCUCCAAGUGGAAGCCUGCCCCACCUCCAUACGAAGCUGGAUACGGGCAGAUGACGUCCAGUCCUCAGCAGAUUCCCCUGGGUGCGCUCACUUCGCGCCUGCCGUCUCCGCCACGAUCGGCGUCUCUUGGCAGUGUGGUUGGCAUGACCUCGCUUGACACAACGGCGUCGUACACGAUGCCGACACCCAUGGCGGCUUCUUCCCUUCCACCCCCGCCGACUCCAGAUCUAUUUACGCUCUUUUGCACGACCGACCUCAAGAUUCUCCGUGUUACGUCUGCGAGCCACCCUCUCACUGGCUACCACCCGCACGAGUUUGUUAACCUAAACCUGCUCGACUGGAUUCACCAAAACGACCGUCAGCUCAUCGACAUGGAACGCUCUCGUCUCGUCGCCGUCCCUUACCUUUCUGGCCAGCUCCAGUCAAGUCGCGAGACUCACGCUGCCGUCAUGACCUGCACUGAGCACGAGCUCCUGUCGCCAGCAAGCGGAAUGCGUGAGCCUUACCCAAACCAGAACGUUCGCAUCCUCCGCUCCGACAAUUCAUGGGCCCUGUUCAAUGUGCGCAUACACCUAGGUGGCGGUCUGGGUGGCUCGUUAUGGGAACCCAACACGCUGGGCAAGAUUUAUCUGGUCGUGUCGUGCCUCCUCAUUUCCAACCAUGACGUCCCCGCGGACGUCGUUGCGCGUCGCCCUCCUCUGCCCCCCACCCCGGUGACGCCUCUGGCACCGCCGCCUGCGCACGCCCUCCCAUCGUUUUCUUCUAUCGCUGCAGCCGCCGACGCUCCUAGUCGUCCUGACAGUGGCUACCGCCCUGGUUCUGCCACCCACUACCGACAGCCUGGUCCUUCUUCUUCAUACCCCGGCUCGCGUCGUUCAACAACUCCUCCUCACCCACAAGGGGCAUACCCUCGCUCAUAUGCUUCAUACCCACCCCCACCAAGCUCCCCGUAUUACCCCGCCCAGCAUGGCCAGUACGACCCCCGCCGUGAGGCCGACUGGCGCCGACAGGCUCCCCCUCCUCCUCCCCCAGGCCAAGCGCAACAAGAUUAUACCCGUCGCGCUUGGGAGCUGUAA